UCAUAUCAAUUUUUUUUGUUGAGUGGAGCAGACCUACAAAUAAUUUUUUUACUGCUGAUUGUUAUUUAAACGAAAACGCUGGAACAAACAGUACUUGAGUGCGUCGUUGUUGUGUUUUUUUGCGCUGUACAAAAGAAAUAAAAUAAAACAAUUGAAAGUGAAGAAUACAACAAAACUAAAUUACUCACUGUUAAAAGGUGACAAUUAUUGCAAAGAGUAGAACAGCAAAAAAAACAAAAAAAGAAGAGAGGAAGACGGAAAAUCUCACUCCUCCAUUCAAUUACAACGCAUUAACGAUAAUUUGGAAAAAUAAAGUAGCAAAGUUAAAUCCCUCUGGCUAGCUGACUGUUGGAUUGUGAAAUUUGUGUGUUUUGGACGAACAAAGAAGGAAGUUGUCGUCGGUGAAUUUAAAUUUAUUCUGAUUGCAUAGUUGCAGCAAAAACAACAACAGCAAAAAUGUUUUAUAAAACCUCCAUUUUCUUGCUGCUAUCAACGGCUUGCUUGUUAACAGCGGCUCAAAUGAGCGUAAAUUUGAGCAAAGCUGAGGUACCUUCAUCGACAAUUUUGCCUGAGAAGCAUAAGACAACAACAACAAGCACUAGCUCAACUUCCACCACCACCACCACGACCACUACAACUACAACUACUGCAGCUCCAACUACUACAUCUACGACCACCACAACAACAACCACAGCUGCUCCCACGACCACUACAAGUGCACCCGAUACAACUACACCCACAACAGAAGCUCCAGUCACCACCACCACAGCUAAGCCUGAACCCCCAAAACCAUAUCCUCAACCCGAUGUGGCAACAUGGAACUCUACAUGUAUUAUGGUCAAAAUGGCAGUUCAAUUGAAUUUCACUUAUGAAACCAAAGAUAAUAAAAUGGUCUAUGGCUUGUAUAACAUUCCCAAGGAUGCCGUCGUCGAUCAUGUAGACUGUGAUAAAAAUACCACAGAAUCUAUGCAAAUCAAUUGGGGUCCAGCCGAUGCUCAACACAUUAUGGUGAUGAAUUUCGAACGUGGCAAUGGCACGACCAACAUGACAAUGAUUAUGUUUACCUUGCCAUUGUUGAACACCACCUUCCCAGAUGCUAAAGAAAACCAAACCGUACAAUUGAUACAUCGCUCCAAUGAAUUCAGUGCUCCAUUGAAGAUGUCCUAUCACUGUACCCGUCCACAAUAUUUGAAUUUGACUGAGACCAUCGACUCGCAAGUGGUUGGUGUUGCCAAAGUGCACGAUGUCCAAGUAGAAGCCUUCCGUGCGGCUGGUGCUACCGGUUUCUCUACCGCUCGUGAUUGUGACAGUUCCGAGACUUCAGAUGUUGCACCAAUUGCUGUUGGCAUCGCAUUGGGUGCUUUGAUUUUGAUUGUUUUGAUCUCAUAUUUGUGUGCUCGUCGUCGUUCUACUUCUCGUGGUUAUAUGAGCUUCUAAGCGAAUGAAGUAUGCAGAAAAAAUGGAGUAGAAUAGCCGUUUUUUAUUUCAAUCUACUUUUAUAAUAAUUUUUAUUUCUCUUUUUAUUUUCGUUUUUUUCCUUAAACUCUCGUAUCAUUGUAAGAAGUAAAAAAGGAAAAACAGAAAUGCGGUUGGAAAGUUCAUGGGGACAAUGGUCGUGUGUUAACGCCUAAGAAUGUAAAUUAAAACCACACUUUGCUUCUAUUUUUAUUUUUUUAGUUUCAAAAUUUUCUUGUAUAGGCUUUGUUUUAUUUCCACUGAAUACGAAAAUAAAAUUCCCUAUCCCUGUUUCUUUUUUAUUUAGCCAAAAAACAUGUUUCAAUUUUUUAUAAUAGAUUUUAUUAGCUAUCCCCUUCAUAUUAGAGUUUAUCAUUAUUAUUAUUAUUUUAUUUUCUUAGUAUUUUUUGUGUACCAUUUAUUUUUUUAUUUUAUCCAAUCUACACUCAUAUUAAUCAUUUAUGUUUUAUUUUUUUUUUGUAGUAUUAAAUUUUGUUUUACAAAAACUACAACACCAAAUGUGUAAAUUUUUUCUUUUCGCUCUCAACGUGAGUUGUUUUGUUUAAUAAUGAUUUCUAUAAUCUUCCUGGAUCUUCUUCGUUAUGCCAAAACAUUUAUAUCGUCGGCUACCGAAAUUAGUUUAAUAAUUGAUUACAAUGUCAUAGUUCUUUUUUUUUUCUAAUUAUAUUGCCUAUAACAAAUACAAUACAUAAAAAUAUAUGAUUUUAUAAAUUAUUAUUCACAACUGUGUAAAGCAAAGAUAUCAAUUUUUAAAUUGGCCUUAAUUUAAAACGAAUAGAAAAACCAAGAAACAAAUCAUGUAUCUUUAAAGAACAAAAUCGUAAUUAUUAUAAAUAAAUAAAGCCCUUAACUGGAAAAAGAAAAACAAAA